AUGGAUACAGGCGAAGCUCUUUCAACUUAUAUAAAGAAACUAAGUCACCCCCUAAAAGAAAUACGAGAACGUUCGUUGCAGUUACUCAUAGCUAAGUUGCAACUGGGUUGGUCAUUAAAUGAAGAACUCACACGAAAUCGGGAGCUUUUACAAGCUCUUAUUACCUGGUUUGAUGUUAAACAACCCACAAUGCAAAAAGAAGCUUUGGAAUUGCUACUUAGCAUUAUUAAAACUAAAGGUGGCAGCUAUGCCGCAAGGGAAUACAAUAUAAGGAAGAUUUUGGAAAUUCUCUACAAAAAUAAAUCUAAAAUUGAUUCAGAUGCUAUAGAAGUUUAUGAGGAUAUUGUGGAAACACUGAAGUUCAUUAACACUGUAGAAUCUAAUGAUAAUCUAAAUGUGCCUAGAUUAAACAUACCAUCAAGUUCUAGUAUCAGUUCUGAAAAUGGAGCAUCAUACAAUGACCAAUUAUACAGCUCUGUCAAUAAACAAUCUUCAGAACACACUGACUCCAAUGAAGAUAUGAAAUACAGCACUGGGUCGCACAUGAGCCAAGCAAAAACCUUCUGUUGCUCAAUGAUUGCAAGUGCAUGUACAGUACUUGGUAUGCUUGGUAGGCAAAAGAGUUGUUGGGGUGUAAGUCCAGGGGAACGAGAAAUUGUUUGGUUCAUCAAAGAUGUAUUCUUAUGUGAUUUUCCACCAGAAAUAUUUUUAAACAGGCCAUCAAUUGUUAAGGGGCUGUUAGCUAUAUCUGACGGACAGUAUGGCAGUGCACCUGGAGAGUCUUUGAAUGUACUGCUGUAUCUAACUAAGGCUCUGCAUAAAAGGUUGAAGCAGCUUUUUUCACCAGAUUUAGUUUGCGAACAUAGCAAGAUUUUAAUAGAUAACCGUGAUUCCUACGAUCUAAUGAAUGCAGAAUUGGAAGAGUUGGUCGGCAGAACUGGGACACCGCUGGAAGAUAAACUAGCUGCUCUACGACAGCUGCCCGCCCCCGUAUAUGCCCUGGAUACCAUGCAUACAAUUCUCUGCAUGAUGGUGAAGAGUGUUGUGCUUAUAGAAACAGAUGGUAAAGAAGUUUUAACCAUGCGGGAGCAUAGUGUGUGUCUAUCCCUCAUAGAAGCCCUGGUUGCAUUUCUAUUGGACUGUGUUGAUGAAAACUUUUGGAAAACUGAUCACUCUUCCAAGACUCAAAGAAAUAUAGCGCAUAAAAGUUGUAUGGCAAUGCGCAUGCUGGGGGAGCUAGUGUCGAAAUACCACGACUCGUAUCAAACAGACCCAGAAAGAGUCCAACACAGGGUUGCAUGGUUUCGGCUUUUAUCCUGCGCAUCUUCUCUUCUGAACUGGACCAGAAACUCGCCUCUGCCUCCCACGUCUUUACUAAAUUCCUUGCAAACGAGCCUCUUGGAUCCGGGAGUGGAUAUAUUAUAUCCAGAGCUUAAUAAAAAGAUAUAUUCAGUUUUAAAGAACGCCAAAUCGUCCGUUGACCAAGAGUUCAAAAGUCGAUACCGAGAGCUGAGGAAGUUGUACUCAAGCAUGGAUCACGCAGUGAGCUUCAUGAAAGCCAAUGGACGCAUAACGAAGGAUAUAUUGCCCUGCGUCAAGAACUCCAUUCCAGUCCUGCAGAUACAUAGAAACGAGGGUCUCCUGAGUGACAUGGCCGACAUUAUAAUGGGGAGAGACCUGAAUUUUGAUGAGAAGGACUGGAGUGAAGCAAGAAGUAUUGCUUUGUCCUUAAUGGCACAUCCGACGCCCUGGAUUCAGAUACAGUUCUACCAGAAAUUAGUGGAUUUGGUGAAGUCUGUAUUGACUGAUGAGUCUGAUAAGGAAAAUGAUCUUACAUUACUGUGUGAUGUGACUAUCCUCACAGAGAUAUGCUGUCAUGGAUUGUCUUCCAGUCAAGCUGAGGUGGAGGAAGGCGCGUCAGAUAUAAUGCUAUAUCUCCUACGGGGGCGUCUGGUUCUCAGCGAAAAAUGCUGGUGGCGGCUGUUAGCUAGCUUGCUGCCCGUGCUGCCCUUGCUGCAUGUGUACGCAGCUCACGAGACACAGCUAGGAAAAGCGAUCUGUAAAUCUCUAGAAGUGGACAUAGUAGAGUGUAUGGGCGUAUCGCAGGCGGAAAUGGUUUGGGGCUUAGUUAGACUAUUGUUCGUCAAGUGCCCCGCGGUACAAAUGUACGCGGCGCAUUCUCUCUGCGGCGUCCUAGAUGACAGCAAGUAUCUACCUCCACAAGAAACUCUGCGAACGGAUAUUUUGAUAAACGCAUUACGCAGAGUCGAAGUUCUGGAUUUUAAUAUCGAUCAUGCUAGUUCGCCUACAAAGAAGACACAGACGACAGGACUGGUCCAGCUUCUAGAAGUGUUGAAGCAAGAUUUAGUAUUGGAUGACACAGAGUACCUAGCAACUAUCAGAGUCAACUCACAACCGACCUUGGAGCCGUCUCUACGGCGCAGUACUCUGCAACAGCUGGCUGUUUUGAUGCGUCAGCAGGACCAGCACGACGCGUUUAUAAGGCACGAUGGCGUCAAACUUAUUGGUGCGUUGCUUAGAAUGUCGCUAACAGUAGACGACUACUUGGCGUUUCCGGAGUGCGCUAUUAGUUGCGUUUCCGUCCUAAACAGCGUGUGCUUUGUCGCGAGACAUGCUCUAUCGAAGUUAUGUGACCUGCCUUUGUUCUUGAUAAGAGCUAUACUAGUAUUUCCUGCGAACGAGAGCCACGUAACGAUGGCGGCUCAAGUGCUUGGUCUAUUGGGGUGGGCUGGCUUCGUGCUGCAAGAGCUGGAUAGUUCCCGUCGGCGAGUACCAGCGCUGCCACUGAGCGUCGUGGAGCGUGUGUCUCUGCCUUUUGCCGUGAACACUUAUUGGCCCACUAGUCCCAAUGCGGAACAUGGAUCAGUGGAAUGGCUCCUCAAUGACACUGCUUGGCGUACGGCAAUCCGGGUCAGAUGGUGGUGGUUGCUAUCUGGUGGUACGAAGCAGCGUGGUGUGCACUUGCUGCAGGCUAAUCGGGGUGCCUCACCCCCUAGUACCCACGAUUUGGAACUAUUGCGAUCAGCGUGUGCGGACUACUCUUGUAGUAAGGCUCUCUUGAACUUGGAGAACGCGACGAGUCAUACUCAAGUGAACGAAGCUCUUUAUGUGUUGGAAAGCUAUGCCCGCGUAAUGCAAUCUGCAACCGUCUGCCCGGAAGAAUUUGGUAACCUCAAAUGGCAGAACUUGAAGAGAUUUCUCACUGCACCUCCAGCGUCGUCACGCGAUACUCAACUCUUAGUCACGCUCUUACAAUUUGUCAUCGCUUAUAUGGACAACGUGCCUAAUAUUGAAUCAACAAUGUCCUGGAUUAAAUCUUCGUUUAUCGGUGAAGAAGCAACAAUUAUAUCGCUCCUUGGCAGAGACCGUCUCUACCCGCAGCAGUCGUCCAGCGAAGACGUAGAGGUCACACAGUUGCGCAUACACAUAGUUAAGGUCUUCCUAAGAUGUAUCAUGAUGUUGGAAGAGCUCGACGAUUACAGCAGCCCACGAAUGGAAAGCCUUUUGAAAAUCCUGUUCGCUUGCUUGGAGAGAAUAGACCUUAAGAAUUUUCAUAUGCUCGGUUAUCUCAACGAAUUACUACGUUGCAUACGUUAUGGACUCCACUCCCGAUUCUGUGAUUUAACGGAAGAAACGAUAAUCAACAGCUUGAGGGUAUUGACCAGGGUGUUGACCGGAUGCGCUUCCGGCGCUGGACGAAAGGGCCAAUCCUGCAGGCUGGACACCAUGCUUGGCUUGAUGGCUGUUCUUAAGAGGAUAAGAAGCAUUAACUUACCCGUUCAGCGUUGGAGCGAGUACUGCGACGGCGCCCUAACGGAGUCCGUAGUAAGGUGUGCCACUGCCCAAAGACCAGAGCUACGAGCGGCGUCUCUGCACAUCACGGCUGCGCUUGCGAACUACGCGCAACUGACACCCCAACUAGAGCAAUAUAUCCCAAAUGAAUCUCUUUGUCGUUACGCUGUGGAGAUCUUUUCGAAGACCGGAGAAGCCAAUGUCGUGAGAUCCGCUGCGCUGGUACUCCUCACCGCCGUCACUGCCCGGGUCUCUUCGCAUAACCAAACUUUCGCGGCCAUUUUCACAAACUUCAAGCUUUAUCCACUCGACAUGAUGAAAUGUCGAGGAUUUUUUUUUGAACUGCUCGAAAAUCUCGAGUUUAGUACUAGUCAAUAA